AUGCCUCUGCAAGCGCUACGAACGGUAACGAAGGCCCAGAAUGGCGUCGGCGCCUUCAUCCUCCAAUGCAAACGCAUCGACUUCCACUACUGCGACUGGGCCGGCAGCAGUCGGGGCAUGAACGAAUUCCUCAAAACGAAACUGGCGACCUUCGCGCGCGAGAACCCGAGCGUGCAGAUCACCGUCUCGCCCCGACCGAACAAGCACCCCAUGCUCCGAGCGCACUACGUCAACGGCCGCGAGAGGACCAUCUGCGCGAGGAAAAUGACCACCCACGAGGUCCAUGAGAAAGCGCUCAUCCUGAGGAACGCGAGCGGUGACAAGGUCAAGAAGAUCAAGGACAAGGUCAUCAGUCAGAAUGAGAGUGUCAGGGGUGUUUGGGAUGCGUAUCACGGAGCGCAGUUCAAGAUUUGAGAUGGCAUUGGCGGGGAUUGGUCUGAAGAAAGGAUAAGACUUGGGAGGGACGUUUGGAGGGAUGUAUUGUAUUGUGGGAAAGAGGAGGAGAUGUUUUUCUAGCUGUUGCAUUACUAUCACGAGGAGGAAUCGGGAUUUGGAGAUUUCACACAGGGGAGAAACUGAGGGGUUUGUCCUUGUGAUCCAAUGUACAAUUAUAGCAGACGGACAGUCUACUCGAAGCAGCAGCAGCAGGUCACCUCGAUGGCUAGAGGGGUGACAUAGAGCUUUUCUCCGCCCGUGACGUUUUUCUCAUCGGGGAGGGAGCAUGAAUUUCAUGUACAUUUUCUUUGCACUCGAAUUCAUCUUGCAUCACACAAUC